CCUACAACACACCAUCGCUUUCGUCUCCACGCCCACUCUCAUUAGACGAAUAGUGGCUGGCUGCUGCUGAUUUGUAACAACCAAUCAUCUUGUCUCGCUUCGCUAAGACAUUGUUUUUGAAAGAAAGUUCGUUUGGGGAGAUAGCGGCGUUGACGGGUAGCUUUGUAAAAAUUAAGUACAAUGGAGAAUGAUUUAGAAAGUAACUGUGACUUCAAUAUGAGAAUGAAGAUGAACGAGCAAUGGUUUCAGCAGUGCUUGGAGGCAAUAUGUGAAAAGUAUAACCAGCCUUUUGAAGAGGACGUUAUCGUUGACCUGGAUUCUAUGACCUAUGAGUCUUCAACAGGAGUUCACCCUUGGAAAGGAGAGGCUCCCAGAAGAACAUCAGGAAAGGAUAAAAAAAAUGUCAAGCAUUCAGUAUCUGACAAUGAUGAGAAUACAGUGCAAACCGCAAUAUACCGUAAAUUUCCUGUUGACUAUUUAUCACAAGACAGACCUGACAAAAGUAGAUACGUGUGGCAUUCAGUAUCUGACAGUGAUGAGAAUACAGUGCAACCCGCAAUAUACCGUAAAUUUCCUGUUGACUAUUUAUCACAAGAAGACAGACCUGACAAAAGAAGAUCCGUGUGGGGGUCCAGUAAUAUUAGUGCCACAAUGGAUCCUGCAAAUACAACAAUGACUAUAGAUGAACCCAGUCCUUCUAAGCAGGAGCUGAGCAAAAUAACGCAUUCAGUAUCUGACAAUGAUGAGAAUACAGUGCAAACCGCAAUAUACCGUAAAUUUCCUGUUGACUAUUUAUCACAAGACAGACCUGACAAAAGAAGAUAUGUGUGGGUCAAAUGUGACGAAAUGUCAGAGGAGGCGCCUGCAUGCCCAACUGCUAAGGACAGCAGCUUUUAUUUUUCUUCGUUUGUAUGUCUUGAAAGUCCAGCAGCAAAUGAAGAGCUGAAGUUUAACCUGAGUGGAUCCUUUAAUGCUGAUAAUUACGAAACAAGUUCUGACCGCAAUAACCUUUCUUCUAUUCUGGACUUGUCACGGGUCUAUCCGUUAAUGGUGGCUAAAAUGAAGGCAGCCAUCCAAAGUCAAGUGAAAACGAGUGCCGCUAACGCAGUGCAGAGAUUUUAUCGGAAACUAAUGAGCCACAAAGUAAAAGCACGCAAGAUGGCGAUUGUGAAAUGGAGAAUGAAUAACUCUCAACAACUGAAGGAGCACUCCCUGCCAUUUUGUGCUUCCGAGUCCGUUGGUCAACCUUUUAACACUAAGCUGAUUGCAAAUCCUACUUUUAGUACGAGUCCAUCAAAACUCGGUUUACUUCAAUGCAACAUGUCUGCAUUAAGUGUGAGCAGCAGCUCAACUGUCAAGAAGCCUUUGAUGCUGGAAGCUUCAGUCAAGCCGUUGGCUCUCACGACCCAUGUGUGCUUUUCACCAAAAGAAAAGAAUAAAGGAAGUCCAUCAAGUCCUUUAAGGGUCCAGCAGUUGAGGAGGACACACACAGAACAGUUUAUGGAUCACCAGCAGCAGAUGCCGCCAUCCUCGCCAAGUAGCCGGUCUCUUCAGAUCUCAUGCAGUUUUAUAUUGGGAACUCCUCCAAGAGUAAAACAGCACUCUGAUUUGAAGAAGUUGGUUCGGAGGAAGUUGAGAGUCGAGUCCAGCGGUGAUUCUUUAAGUGGCCCUUCGUCACUGCAGAGAAGACAUUCAUUUUCAGGCUCGCUGCAGUCUUCUUGCAAUGAAGAUGUUCACAGCAGAUUUGAAUCCAUGUACCAGAAACUUCUUUCUCCCAGACAUUUCAAGAGUUAUUUAAGUACAUUUGAUGUCUCAGAUGUACAGAGGGGCCCAUCCAUGCUACAUGCUGUAACCCCAAACAGAAAAAACAAGAGAGGUACUUUUUGUUAUGAUGAUGAUGAAGAUGCCAUGCUGCGAAAAAGGCAACGCAAUUAAGUGUCCCUUCAAAAUCCAACUUCCACUGUUCACUGUGCUGGCUGUCCCGGGCCGUACUGUCAGAACAAAACGGAACCAUCAAUGGAAGCCGAGCAGCCGAUGUGUCAGCAGACCGGUAAGAAGUUUAGUUCACUGUGAAGUUCGUUUACUGGUUAUGGAUACUUCAGGAGUUGUAAAUGUUUGAGUUUUUGAAUGUGUUAAUGGAAGUCUCUUGACUGGACCUGUUUGUGUUGUCAGUACGUUCAAAUUGUGUCCUGAUUUGACAACAGAACUUAACAUCCUGCUUAUUUUUCAUAUGUUAAA